AGUACACAUCUAAUACGUUACUUGGUUGCUGUGUUUGAAUAUAAUAAAACUACAUCAUGGAUCACGUGCUAUAAGUAUGUAUAGUACUUAUGAAAUUACGGCGUUAAUACAUUUCAUUUGCUACAACGCGCAUGUCCUGUUGUGUUUCAUUGUUCACUGUCAAACAAAAAUCUAAAUUGACGCUUGUGUAACCAGUGACACCAGAAAACACACAUUUCUGUAAAAAUUUGUAAUCAGGCACUUAUGUUCAUGCCAUCAUUCAGUCUUAUUUCAUAGAAGGCAGUCAGUUGUUGCGCGUUCAGGCAAAUAUUCAUAAUAUUCUGUGUUAAUUUCUUAGUUUGAUGGUUAUGACAGUGACCAUGACGAACCACAAUCAGUGCAGAACGAUUUAAAGGUCACCUUGACAAGUAUAUCGGCAGGUUUAAAUUGGAGUUUUUUGGUUGUUCAGUCAAACAGUUUAAAGAAAUCAUACCAUUAUGUCUAUAUCAAGGGAGGAUGCUCCUAAUUCAUCUCCACCAAUAUAUAACAGAUUCAUUGAGAGAGGGUCUCAUAAAGGAAAAGGGUUAGCUGUCUUUACAAGUGGUGGUGAUUCACAAGGUAUGAAUGCAGCUGUCAGGGCUGUGGUGCGGAUGGGAAUAUACUUAGGCUGCAAGGUUUUUUUCAUCAAAGAGGGCUACCAGGGCAUGGUGGAUGGUGGACAGCACAUUGUUGAAGCUACCUGGUCUUCUGUUUCCUCCAUUAUACACAAGGGUGGUACAGUAAUUGGAUCAGCACGUUGCAUGGAGUUCAGAGAACGUGCUGGUCGUCUGAAGGCUGCAAAGAAUUUGGUGGCCCGAGGUAUAACAAACAUGGUAGUGAUUGGUGGUGAUGGGUCAUUGACAGGUGCCAACUUAUUUCGUACAGAAUGGUCAAGUCUGCUUGAAGAACUUGUGCGGACUGGUCAGAUAACAAAGGAUCAACAGACAAAGUACGCACACCUGCAUAUUGCAGGAAUGGUUGGUUCUAUAGACAAUGAUUUCUGUGGUACAGACAUGACCAUUGGUACAGACUCUGCUCUGCAUCGGAUCAUCGAGGCAAUUGAUGCAAUAGUUUCUACAGCGUAUUCACAUCAACGGACAUUCAUUAUGGAGGUUAUGGGCAGGCACUGUGGGUAUUUGGCUAUUGUCACUGCUUUGACUAGUGAGGCAGAUUAUGUUUUCGUUCCUGAAAUGCCACCCCCUCGGGAUUGGCCCACCAAACUUUGUGACAAGUUGGAGCAGGAGCGUUCUACAGGACAGCGGCUCAAUAUCAUCAUUGUUGCUGAGGGGGCUAUUGACCGGGAUGGGGAACCUAUCACAGCGGAGAAAGUGAGGCAGGUGGUUGUGGAGAACCUGCAACAGGACACAAGAAUAACAGUUCUGGGACAUGUCCAAAGAGGUGGCAAUCCAUCAGCUUUUGACAGAGUUUUGGGAUGUCGGAUGGGUGCAGAGGCUGUGAUGGCACUUAUGGAAGCCACUCCAGAGACUGAAUCCUGUGUGGUUUCACUAGAUGGUAAUCAGGCUGUGCGGUUGCCUUUGAUGGAGUGUGUAUUGAAAACAAAAGCAGUCACAAAAGCCAUGGGUGAUAAGGACUGGGAAAAUGCUGUACAGCUACGUGGCAAGAGUUUUGUGCGUAAUUUGGAGACCUACAAAAUGCUUACAAGACUGAAACCUCCUAAACCUGUAGUUGAAGAUGUGGGUCGUCCAUCUUUGUGUAAGCAAGACACAUUAUGGGGGUCUUCGGAAGGCUACAAUUUGGCUGUAAUGCACAUUGGUGCACCAGCAUGUGGGAUGAAUGCAGCAGUGCGCUCGUUUGUACGUAACUGCAUCUAUCGAGGUGAUACAGCUCUGGGCAUCCAUGAUGGUAUCGAGGGACUUCUUGCAGGAAAUGUUCAGAACAUGGGCUGGGCAGAUGUGACAGGUUGGGUAGCACAGGGUGGAGCCAUAUUAGGUACAAAGCGCACCUUACCCAAAGCUCGAAUGGCCCAAGUGGCAGCUCGACUUGCAGAAUUCAAAGUCCACGGACUUCUUAUCAUAGGAGGUUUUGAGGCUUAUCAGGGUGCCUUGCAGAUGUAUGAGGCACGCUCUGAGCACCCAGAAUUUUGUAUUCCCAUUGUUGUCAUCCCUUCGACAAUUAGCAACAAUGUGCCCGGAACAGAUUUCUCUCUUGGCUGUGACACAGCUCUCAAUGAAAUCACAGAGAUUUGUGACCGCAUCCGUCAGUCGGCUCAGGGUACAAAGCGGAGAGUGUUUAUAAUUGAGACAAUGGGUGGAUAUUGCGGUUAUCUUGCCACUGUAGCAGGGCUUGCUGGAGGUGCUGAUGCAGCUUAUAUAUUUGAAGAGAAAUUUUCUAUUAAGGAUUUGCAACAAGAUCUGUACCACAUGGCAGCAAAGAUGGCUGAGGGUGUUCAGAGAGGACUCAUACUCAGGAAUGAGAGAGCCAAUGAUAACUACAACACAGACUUUGUCUACCGACUUUACACAGAAGAAGGAAAGGGACUCUUCAGCACUCGACAGAAUAUCCUGGGUCACAUGCAGCAAGGUGGAUCUGCCACUCCAUUUGAUCGUAACAUGGGAACCAAGAUGGCGUCUAAGGCUGUUGAAGGGCUGAUGGAACAGCUCAAGCGUGCUGAACGUCGGCCGGAUGGUAGCAUAUACAUAAAUACUCCUGAGUCUGCGGUUAUGAUGGGCGUCAUUCGUCGCCAGUACAGAUUAACUCCUCUUGAAGCUUUGAAAGCUGAUACAGACUUUGAGCAUCGAAUACCAAAGAACCAGUGGUGGCUGAAGCUGCGCCCUUUGCUUCGAAUCUUGGCAAAGCAUGAGAGUGCCUACGAGGAGGAAGGUAUGUACAUGACUGUAGAGGACACGAAUGUGGCCGAAGGCGUCAUAUAAACACACAGCAUAGUUGUGAGCAAGAUAACAUUAGUCACUCCUAGAAUAUAUACUAGAUGUCAUCUAGAAUUUACCUGGAAGGUGGUGUUUAAUUGACAGAGAUGGAAACAAACAGUUCAGAUGUGAGAGUGGUGGAUUUGUGCAGUUUGGGUUAUUUGCUGAUGCAAUAAAUGUAUCUGUUGCAUAUGUUACUGUAAUAUUUUCAACACACAGACCAGUCUGAUAUGACAUAUAUGUAUUAUUAAUCUUUAAGCAUAACUUUGAGAUGCUGAUGUUCGACUGCUGUAGGAUGACAUCUCUUUGAUUGAAUUUCAUGAAUGCAGGUUUAUAGCACAAAAUUUGAAAAGACAGAUAUUUAAAAUGUAAUACGCAAUUAACAAUACAAUGUUUUUAUCCCUUGUUAAAUAAUUACUUGCAUUUCUGUCUUAUAACAUAAAUGGCUUGUUAGUGGUAAUGCUGUAUGUUGACAUGAAGGAAACCUUAAAAUGUUUGCCACUUAACAUGUAUUCUUUAUUUAACUAGAACAGAUCUGAGAAAUUCAAAACUUAUAACAAGACAUUCUUUGCACUUUGAUAAUGCGUCCUAAGAAAUCUUUCAAAUAUAUUUUUAAUUAAUCUUUUUCUAAUAAUUUUGCAAUCGAUAGCCAAUCAGAAGUAUGGGAAUUUGAAGAGCUACAAACAAGACUAAAGAUAAUUAGUAGCCUAGUUCUCUGCAGUUACUGGUUUUGACUCUUUAAACUUGCAAAAUGUGAAUUUGUGCCUAGAGACCUUCAUCCCUUUAUCUGCAGUAAUUUUGUCUUCAUUGUAUAUGAUAUAUUUGUAUAAGUUACGUGUCCUUUCAGUAAUUCAUUUUUGAUUUGGUGGUCUUUUUGUCCCUUUUCUUGGUAACUGCAAGACUGAAAAUUACAGUAUUCAACUGAUGCCAUUUAUCAAACAAAAUGCAAAUUAGUUUUGACCUCUGCAUACCACAUGCAUAACAAGUUUAUUUACACAUGUGCCAUGUUCCAUUUCUAUUAAGUGAUGGCAAAGGCAGAUUCUUGAAUAUUUGUACACUCUGAUUUACACACAGUUGCUGACUGAAGUGAAAUUUAAAUUGAAAUUAAAGAUAUUUCACUUCAGUGAUAAAAAUGGAACUCUUAUUUCUCAUUGAUUGUUGUAAUGUUUCAUUGGUUAUGAAUAUUGUAAUAGUAGAAAAUACAUGUGAUAUAAACUUGGCAUAAUUAAGAAGUUUAGAUAAUGUUAUUUAUUUGCUAUAAUGUUUGUACUUUCCGGAAAUGCUUUUGAGCAUCUUUUAAGGGCUGAAAUUAUGGAGAUUAAUUGGAGGAUGUGGAGUGAAUAGGACCCUCAACCGAAUCUCGGUUUCUAGCUGUAAUAUCUCAGCUUGAAAGUGUUGACUUGGGUUUUAUUUUGAAGAAUUGCACUUACAGUCUAGCUCUUUCAGGCUUUGUUUAUUCUUCGUAGGCAUUAUGUAAGAAGUAGGCAAGGCCUGAAUACAAGAGUAGCGUUAAUGAUGUUAUAUUUUGUUAGUUAACAUUAGUAUUUGUUAUUAUUUCUACCAAUACUAGCAACCAAAGAUAAUGGAUUCUGACUGAAUUAUGUUGCUGGAAGAUAAUAAUUAUACUGGGUAAGUUGAAAUUUUUUUGUGUCUUUAGAAUAUGGUAAAAUUUCUCAUCCUUAAGGAAAGAAACUAAUUAUGUAUUUGUAGUCAGACUCAAAUAUGGCACCCCUGUAAAUACUUCCUCCAUCACAUUGCACCCAAGAAAGCUACAGAAUAGACAUUUGAAAGGGUAGCCGCCAGUACAGUGUUACCCCUGCUAGCUACCAUCCACUGACAUCUGUGGCAGUACAUAUGCACAAUUAAAGAUCACAAUCAUGUUUGGUAUAACACAAUGCCAUUUUGUUUCCACUGGCUAUACUGACAACUGCCUGGAAUGUCCAGUUGUAAAAAUACUGACAACCAACUUGUGUGUUACAGACUGAACCUAUUCAAUAAACAAAUAGUAGCACCUCAAAGAGGGAAUUGUGUUGUUACUAAGGGUUAACUGUAUAAAUGGUGACAUUCCAAAUCCAGGCAGUUACAGUAAAUUAAUCUGCUACUGGGAGAGGUAAAAUCCCAAAAACUUGUACAGUUAUAAGUCCACCCCAGUUUUUGUUGUUUGACGAGUCUAGUGGACUUUUCUGUGAUGAAAGUGUUUCCUGACAUUUUCCUUGACUAACGUACAGUACACAAACACAUUUCAGUUUGAAUAUGAUUACCAGACAGGUCAGAGGGUAAGGAAGUUUGGUAUGCACAGAUACAGGUGCAUAUAAUAAAAAUCAGUUGCAUUUGUGUGACGUAGGGAAAUGGGCAGUGUUGAGUAUUGCUGAAAAAUACAUGUGUCUCUUCAAAGAACAGUAUCUUGGUGCAGGCCAGUAAAAUAGUGCCAACUGUUUCUUCCUUUUAUGGGGUAAACUGAUUAGUAUGCACUGUGUUGGAAAUAUUAUCAGAGUAAAAAAGUGCAUAUUUGUGUCAGUUUAAAUGGAUUUUAACUACAUUAAAAGCAUGUAUUACACAUUCACAGUUUGAAGUGCUAUUGGUAAGGUGUGAUUUGUUAGUUAUGUGGAGCAGUGGCCAAUAGCUUGUGUUCCAAGGUUCGUGUGCAGACCCCAGAUUAUUUUUUGUGGCUUUUAAGUCCUUUUAAUGAAAGGUGGUUUUUUGGUAAUUGUUCUGUUGUUUUAAAUUAGAAAAGGAGAAUGUUAACAUUACUGCCCCAAGGAUUUUUAGAUCAGAUGGCAAGUGUUUGCUUUACUUUUUCAUAGGAUUUUCAAAAAUUAUUAUAUUUUUGUGGUCCUGUCUUUUCACAUUGAUUAAAGUUAGCUGCAUUUAUGUUAAUAAAUUUUGAAAUAUGUUUGUGUAUUAUAUUUUGUUAGAUUUGUGUACCUCCAUGCAACAAAGUCCUCCUUGAGAACCUAAUAGUACCCCCAUGCAUAAAAAUGUAAUUGCAAAAUUGGAACAGUAGUGUAUGCAGUUAGAAAUAUUCAAACUCAUUUUCUGAGACCUCGCAUAAAUAGAUCAGGGGCCGCUGAACUAGAUGGUUCAUUUUUUCUGACUAAAAUAAUAUUGUUACAAAGGAUCAGUGAUCUAUGUGAUGAGCAUGAAGUUUUCAGCUGUAUAAACAUGGUAGAUAGAAUGCCUCAUUACAUAUUUAUGUAAGAAACUGUAUAACCAUAGUAAAAUGUGUAACAACCAGGGGCCACCAGGGUGGUCCAGAGGUUAGUGUACAAAUUUAGUAUUUACAGGAUUUUGGGUUUGAUCUUGUCUGUUACCACUUAUCUAUAAAAUAAAUGCAAGUAAAAAUAUAUUGCAGUAGAAUAACAAUAAAUCAUCCAAGGACAGGAAAUAAGUCAACUUUUGAAGCAACUAUUAUCAGAUCCACCUCAUGCAGUUUCCAGCAUAAUUGUCACAUAAUGAAUUUAAUGUUACAAACCAUUAGAAAAUUAUGUUAUUAAGGUAUAAUUUUAGUCUCAAAUUUGUCAAGAUAUCCUGUACUCAAUUUAACCAGCCUACCUUUGUGUACAGACAAUGUGAACCAUGUAAUUAGUCAGAUAACAAACUGCUUUGUAAUGGACAAUAUGGUUUUCGUAUAAAAGAGGACUUUCUGCAGUGAUAAUUUAUGGUUUUUGUAGAUCUGCCAGUGGCUGUCAGUACUCUCAUUUGUAGAAAUAUUAUAAAUCCUUUGAGAACAUAAAAUUAUUUUUAUAGAGAACAGCAUCUGUCAUAUCAUAAUUACCUGUCCGUUCUGGUCUGCAGUGUGUUUUAUUCUGAAUAUCAGCAUACAUGUUCCGUAAACAAAGCUAUGCAAUCAGUCAUUUUGUUUCUUUGUUAAAAAGCUGAUUCAUUUUACGUUGCUCUCAUACCACACUGCUCUGUGUUUGUUAAGUUGGAGGUAAUCCUUUUCAAGGACAAAUGUAAUUUGUUGUGUCACCUUUGCCAGGCUAGGUCCUUUUUUAUGCAAAAUUAGCAAAGAAACAAUAUAAGUUAUCUAUUUUGUGCACAUCCAUAGGCCCUUAGAUGUGGAGUAGCACGUGGUGCAAAAUUGCAGUUUCUGUGAUGAAGUACAAGUAGAAAGCAAGCUACACAUGGCAUCAUACUUAUAUGAAAUUUAUAGUGCAAAAUGUGACCAGAUGAUCAUCGAAGUUUUGUUUUUUGCAGUGACAUUUUUAAUACUUAAUUUUUAUUGUGGUCUGUGACUACAUUUUGCCACAGGGUAUGCUAAGUUGAUUUGUGGUGACUCCAUAUGCUCUCUCUCAUCCUUAGACAUUGUUAUUGGUUUUAGUAAGAAUUGCUUUUAAAAAUACUGUGUAGUAUUGCAUAAAACCUUGAAGUUACUGUGUUUGCUUGAGUUGGGGACGUUAAUUAAGAUGGCAAAAUUUCAUGAUCUCUGAUAUUUAAAGGAACACAGGCAUACAAGCUGUGUUUGUGAUCCACACAAAUUGGAAAUAUCUUAGAAAGAAGAAGAUCAAUAAACUUAUUUAUUUUGGAGGCGUGAGUUUGUAAAAAAGGGUAAGGUUUAUUUGCAAAUAAUAAUAUACUUCAUUGUGUAUUCUGCCUCUCAGUAUUUGAUUUGCCAAAGUCUGGAACAGUAUUUUUUAUCAGGUCUUUGGAUAUUAUGAACUUUAUUUGUGGUAUGUCACAAAACAUUUAUUGUGAAAGAAUUUGUGAUGAGUUCAUGUUAAAUUUACAUGUGGUAUGGUAUUAAUAGUGAAAUGUCAGGAGAUUAAAAAAAUAUGUAUAUAAUAUGAGAUAUAUAGUGAAAUAUGAAAAUUCUCUUCGUUGUGAUAUAGAUAGUCUACCAUCAAAGAACCAAGUGUUACAUUUAUGUGUUCAUUGAAAGUUGUUCCUUAAACAAAAAUUUGUUAAGAAAAAUAAAAUUUCUCUAAUUUAAAGGCAAUAAGUAAAGGUAUGCUGACCUGAGAUAAUACAUAUAAACUGUGUUAAAGAACACUAAGUACAAGUGUGUGUGUAUCAUAAUGAUGGGUAAUUAAAAGAACAAUUUUGUAUGAAGGAAAAGGGAUAAAUUCAAAAAGGAACCAAAACAGCAUUUUUGAAAUUUAUUGACAGUGGUUCACUCCUUAGUGUAAGUUAAUUUUUGCUUGGUGUGUUUUUGUUGAGAGAAAAGUCAUUACAUAUAAUGAAAAUGCAGCUAUUAAUUUUUCAGAUAUGUUAACAGAGCAUUUCAAUUGAAUGUUGUAAAAGGAGUUGGUGGUGGUAUUGUAGAGUGAUGAUCGCUACAACUCAGAUGACAGCCAUCUUCUUAUUUUAAAAUAUGUUUGCAAAAAAUGCGUAGUUAUUUUAAAAAAACAUUAGAACUGUUUCAGUAAUUUUAUGCAGGAAAGAUGUGCCCUCUGGAACAUUACUUAUUAGUGGCAUUGAAUGUGUUGAAAUGGUAUUUGGUGGUAGAAGGAAAGCAUAAUUACCUUUUUGGAUGUAUGAAGACAGUGAAUAGUAUAAUCAUUUUGUAUAUUUUACUUGGUGCUUGAUAAAUGUAUUACCUCAAUUCCUAACAGUAAUGAAGUGAUUAUGUUAAGAAAUCGAACAUUGCUUUUGAUGUGUGUAUGUAUUUUGUUAAAACUACUGUUUCAAUAUCAACUAAGGUAAUGCUUUAAACAUGAUGUCUAAAUUAAAUUAGCGAUGUGACACAUCACAGCGAAGUUAAUAUGAGCAGAACUGUCUUUAUAAUAUUUGUAAUUUUCCAGCCAUGUCUCAUGAAAUGCUAAUAACCUCUGCAAUUGAUACAGCAUAAUGAAUUAACCUAAGAAACAACAAAAUAUGUUCAAACACGAGUUUAUUAUUUACAUUUACAAAAUUGAGAUUUUUUUUUAUAUGAUGAUUACUUCCUUGAAGCAAAUUAACAUGAUGGCUCUUGCCUUAUUUGUUGUAGUUUUGCCCAUUUUACCUGUAACAGACUUUGACAAAGAAAUUCCUAUCCUAUUCUUUAAAGCAAUAGAUAUGCAAUAUAAUUAUUAAGCAAAAUAAGUUUAGUGUAGUUGUACAAAACAUUAUAUAAUUUCAAUUGUAUUCAUGAAAAGUGUGCCUGAAAUACUGAGGCAUGUUACAAAAUGUGAGAUUUUGAGAAGCACUGUUUCAGGUUGGUACUCCUGAUCAUGAGUGUGAUACUCUUGGCAGAGCAUAGUACUACAAUAGUUCAGUAAUGCAAUAACCUCCUGCCACUGCUUCAGUGUUUUUGAUUUAUAUGUAUUAUAAAAUUAUGUGCUGUUUAUUAUGAAGAAGAAAUUAAAUUAAUAACUCAAAUUUCUAAUCUGUAUAAGAGUGAAAUACUAUAACCAUAUUAGAAAAAUGUAAAGUGUUUAAAUAAACAGUGUGGAUUUAUCCAUAAGGUAUAAAAACA